AUGAGUACAAUACAGGAACCAGCAAGACCCGCGGUCGUGCGUCAGUUUAUUUCCGAGCUUAAGCCUCAUUCGGACCUAGCUGUCCAAGCAAGGUCGUGCCAAGAGGACAUGGAGAUGGAAAUUGAAUUGAAAGAGAAAAUCCGAGUCGAUAGAAUUUACUAUCAAGAGCCCAUCGAAAGCUCUUUUACCGGAGUCGAGAUUGCCCGCCAAGCUCUUGAAGCCGAAUGCGACAAGUUUUUCAAAUCGCAAAUGAGGGAGGAAACCGAGAAGAAGAAGAAGUCGAAGGCUUGGCGAGUAUUUCAUCACAACAACGCUACGCAGCAAGUGGCGCAGCAAAUUAGCAAAGGUCGGCUUCUAACCGUGGACCAAAUCACAAGAAUCACGAAUGAGCUCCAAGAGGAAUGGAGACAGUCCAGUAGCAAGACUUCCCUUACCUACUCUAAUACCGCAGAGCAGCUCUCAUCAUUUGUAGCAGACCUGUCCGAGCGAAUCUCGAUUUGCACAGCGUGGCUCGAUCUGUACCAGAAAGCAGCUAUGAAACAGAGACUUACGGAAAUAUAUGAGCAGUUCUUCCGUUUCUUUAUCAAAGUGGCCUCCUGGUAUGCGAAACCAAAGGUGAACAAAGUUCUUGAUUCUUUGAAUUCCAACCUCAAUGAAAGUUAUAAAGCGGUAGUCAAUGAUAUUCAACGGUCUAUUCAACUUCUCAAAGAGCAGGCCCAGAUCGAGCACGCACACGAGACCAGCAAUUUUCGCAAAGCAAUGACGGAAUCAACAAUAUUCUUCAAGGCAGAGCUAGCAAAAAUUCGAAGCCAGCGCGAUGUGGACAGUGAUCUCGGUUGGAAAGUAUGUCAAUUUCUGGUGGAACAAUUUGGCUCAUCUGAAAGGGCCCAUAAUUUGAUCGGAACAUCUGGAAUACGGCUCAACCAGGCCGCGUUGAUAGAUUCAACUGAAGCCACCGAAGCGCAUACUUCUGAAUACCUCUGCACAGAGAGUCAUAACAGAGCCGAGGCCGAGGUACUAUGCUCACACCUCCAGGAACUAGUUGACCAAGUGGAAGCCGGUGACGGAAUCAAAUCAGCCAUUCAGGCAGGGCGGCUCGUCACCGAGCCAGUAAUUAUCCACGCGCUGCGGAAAUGGACCAUGGCUUCAACGGGCGAAGACCUCAUACUCUGGGUUAUAAGUCCAUUUGAGAUUGCCCCACCAACAAGUGCCGAGCUUGUUGCCUACGGAGUCAUCUGGUCUGCAGUUCAAGCCAAGGCGCAAUUUGUCUCAUAUAUUUGCGAACGACCUCGACCUGGUCAAGUACCCGGAUUUCAAGGGGCUGAGGAUAAAGCUGCUGUUUUGGCUAUGGCAUAUAGCUUGAUCAUGCAGCUCCUUCAAUUCCAUACUCCGGACGAUGAAUUGCGAGUCCAAAAAGAGAUUAUUGAUCGACUUACGCGACCAGGUGAGCGUUGGAGCUCUGCUUUGGCGCUCCUCAAGUGUUUGUUGGAAAACACGCCCACACUGCGAUAUUGCAUUAUCUCGCGGAUUAAUCUCAUUGAAAACAAUGCUCGUGAGAUGUGCAGAGAGUUUGUGGACAUGCUUUUCUUGCAUGUCAGAAACUCAAAUUGGCCGCUGCGAAUUCUGUUCACCACGUCGGGGCAGUCGAGGGCACUGUUGGAGACCGUUGGCCGGGAAAGUAAAGUAGAAUCUAAUAACCACAUUCACCAAAGAAAGGGGCAUAUUCUUUAUGGUGCUGUUCAGAUGCCUGGGUAA